AUGUCAUUCAACAGUCCAUUUUUCGAUUUCUUUGACAACAUCAACAACGAAGUUGAUGCCUUUAACAGAUUGUUAGGUGAAGGCGGAUUAAGAGGCUACGCGCCAAGACGCCAAUUAACAACUGGUCCUGGUAAGGAUUCGACAGGUAAGGAAAUUGCUAGACCAAAUAAUAAUGGUGGUGCUCUUUAUGAUCCAAGAGAUGACACAUUGGAUGAUUGGUUUGACAAUGAUUUGUCCUUGCUGCCAUCCAAUCUCAGCUUCCCCAGAAGUGUUGCUGUUCCAGUUGAUAUCUUGGAUCACGAUAACAAUUACGAGUUAAAGGUGGUGGUUCCUGGUGUUAAGAGCAAGAAGGAUAUCGAUAUCGAAUACCAUCAAAACAAAAAUCAGAUUUUGGUUUCUGGUGAAAUCCCAUCUUCUUUAAAUGAAGAAAGCAAGGAUAAGGUCAAGGUUAAGGAGAGCAACUCUGGUAAAUUCAAGAGAGUUAUCACUUUACCAGAUUACCCAGGUGUCGAUGCUGAUAACAUUAAGGCAGACUAUGCAAGCGGUGUGUUGACUUUGACUGUUCCGAAGUUGAAGCCUAAAAAGGAUGGUAAAAACCACGUCAAGAAGAUCGAAGUCUCGUCUCAAGAGUCAUGGGGUAAUUGA